GGGCUGCAGUGUCAUGUUUCGCAUAUUCAGUGUGACACUUCUUUUCUUUUCAGGUCCUGUUUCAGCACAAAAGUGAGAUUCACGAAACCCCUUUAAGAUGUCCUACAGAAAGGAGCUAGAAAAAUACAGAGACCUGGAUGAAGACAAGAUCCUUGGAGCUCUGACAGAGGAGGAGCUCAGGAAGUUAGAGAAUGAACUGGAGGAGCUGGAUCCUGAUAAUGCAUUGCUGCCAGCGGGGCUCAGGCAGCGGGAUCAGACGCAAAAGCCACCGACCGGCCCAUUCAAAAGGGAGGAACUCAUGGCCCACCUAGAAAAGCAGGCGAAGGACAUAAAAGACAGAGAAGACUUGGUUCCUUUCACGGGUGAAAAGAGAGGAAAAGCUUGGAUCCCCAAGCAGAAGCCAAUGGAUCCUGUUUUGGAAAGCGUGACUCUGGAGCCAGAACUGGAGGAAGCCCUUGCGAACGCUUCUGAUGCAGAGCUCUGUGACAUUGCUGCCAUCCUGGGCAUGCACACCUUGAUGAGUAACCAGCAGUACUAUGAGGCGCUGGGGAGCAGCACCAUCGUGAACAAAGAAGGGCUCAACAGUGUGAUUAAGCCCACACAGUACAAACCAGUUCCUGAUGAGGAACCGAACUCAACGGAUGUGGAGGAAACUCUGAAACGAAUACAAAGCAAUGAUCCUGACCUUGAGGAAGUCAACCUUAACAAUAUUAUGAAUAUUCCCAUACCAACUUUAAAGGCUUUUGCAGAAGCACUGAAAAAUAACACCUAUGUGAAAAAGUUCAGUAUAGUUGGAACACGGAGCAAUGAUCCUGUUGCUUUCGCACUGGCAGAAAUGCUGAAGGUGAAUAACACACUGAAGAGCCUGAACGUGGAAUCAAACUUCAUUUCUGGGUCAGGGAUCCUGGCUGUUGUCGAAGCGCUCCAGGGCAACACAUCGCUGGUAGAGCUGCGCAUCGACAACCAGAGCCAGCCCUUGGGCAACAAAGUAGAAAUGGAAAUUGCAAACAUGUUGGAAAAGAACACCUCCCUGCUGAAGUUUGGGUACCAUUUCACUCAGCAAGGUCCCCGGCUCCGUGCCUCCAACGCCAUGAUGAACAACAAUGACCUAGUGAGGAAGAGAAGACUCGCAGAGUUCAACGGGCCUAUUUUUCCCAAGUGCAGGACUGGAGUGUAGUUCCUGGCUGUAGAGGUCGUUCCCGGUGAUCUGUGCUGCACUGUGGAAACCUAAAGGCAACAAGUGCCUUGACAGAGUAUUUGUGGUGCCUCGGUUCUGUUUUAUGCACUGUUUAAAUUAAACUAGUGGCUGUAGUUGAUGAUUUUAUCCAGUAGGACUGUUGAUGUUUUCUGUAGAGUUGGAAACUAUUCAAGCCAGUAACAACCUGCCAAUUUUAUGCAAUCUCAGUUUAGAGUACAUCCCAGUGUAAAAAUGACUCUUAAUUAACCUGGGACCUAAUUUUUCUAUAAACUUCCUGCACGAUGUUUCAUACA